GUUCGUGGAAUUCUAUUGAACUCAUACGUAGAAAAGAUUGGCAUGCCGGCCAUAUUUUCGUGCAACGGGACUAUUUUUCCAAGCAUACUGGAGAAAAUUCACAUGCUCUCCACUAUUAAUAGCCCCCACAUAUUUGCAGUAUAGCAUCCACAAAUUAAACUCACGCACACACACAAUUAGGUCACAUACACACAUCCCGGCUGCCUCCCUAGGUAGCAGCUUCUACAAUGGAGGCAUCCAACAAGCUCGCAGUCUUGCUCCUGUGGCUGGUCAUGGCAGCUACCACUGCCGUGCACCCUUCCUACUCCGAGAACUCGCCUCAAGACUACCUCACUCCCCAAAACAGCGCCCGUGCCGCCGUCGGUGUUGGCCCGGUGAUCUGGAGCACGAAGCUGCAGCAGUUCGCGGAGAAGUACGCCGCACAGAGGGCCAGCGACUGCCGUCUCCAGCACUCGGGCGGGCCCUACGGGGAGAACAUCUUCUGGGGGUCCGCCGGCUUCGAUUGGAAGGCGGCGGACGCGGUGCGAUCGUGGGUAGACGAGAAACAGUGGUACAAAUACGCCACCAACAGCUGCGCCGCCGGCAAGGUGUGUGGCCACUACACGCAGGUGGUGUGGCGCGCCACUACAAGCAUCGGCUGCGCGCGCGUCGUGUGCCGCGACAACCGUGGCGUCUUUAUCAUCUGCAACUACGAGCCCCGCGGCAACAUCGCCGGGAUGAAGCCCUACUGAUAUAUUGUGCCUGCGAUCAAUGGCAACUGAUAUAUUAUAUCUAGACACGAGCUUGUUGCAGCGCAUGACUUUCCACGUGAUAUAUGAAUAAGAUUUUAUAACUAGAUAAAUCUUUGAGUGUAGUCAUAAAUAAAUCAAAGAGGUUUGUUAUUU